AUGGAUUUGGAUGACUUGCUUGGGGCUGAUCCACCCCAGACGGACCCUCUUUCUAUCGAUGAUGUACUUGGAAGUCCAGUCAAACCCACAACAACAGGAGGAGUAGAGGAAGAGACAACAGAUGCCACUGCGAGGUUAACAGAGGAAGUGAGUAUUCCUAAACUCCGUCGUGCCCCAGCAGAGGGUCCAUUACCCCCGCGUGUUCAUCCAAUACCCCUUUCACACUUUAAAGAUCCACCGCCGCAUGUAAAACCAUACAUGACAAACGCCUGUUACUAUGCGAAUCAAGUCUCUCUCAUUCAACACGAUGGUUCUCGUUUACGGCGGGGUAUUGUUAUCAGCGACAGUCAUCUUUACAUCAUGACACCAGAGGCGCAGGUGGAGCGGGCGGUGCCGCUGCUGCUGCUGGAGGCGCUUUACUUGCAGGACAUUCCCACCGUGAAAGUCCUCGGCAUGUCGAAGGAACUGCAAACACACAUGUUGCUGCAACUGCGCGAGCCACCAGAUGUGUUGGUGGCCUUCGCAAGCGGCGACUCCCUGCCGCCGCCCGACACCGUCCUCGCAGCGCUGCUCAACACACACGAUGUCGAUCUCCCCAUCAGCCGCUCCGCCGUCAACAGCAAUAUUGACAUCCGGCGGCUCACGGCGUGGAGCGUCACCGACACCGUCGCCCGCCAGACAUGCGCGGCCAUUCACGCCCACCGCACGAACAUCAUCGCCGCCUUAAACGCGGCACGUCAACGCAGCGCCGCCCUCGCGGAGGAACGCGACAAACGCACCGCGGCUUUGGAAGCGGCCAUUCACGCAACCGCAGCCGUCGCCCGCGAGACGGCAGUGGUGGUACGCAAGAACGAAGCCAUGACGUCCGCACUCCAACAAGCAGCUACUUCACUCGAGAGAUGCCGCGCACGUGAACAGGAACUGCGGGCCGCACUCCACGCACAACAACAACAACGACAGGCACGUGUACGGGAACGGGCCGCACAACAACAAGGCAACGAUAUCAUUCAACACGCACUUGAACACGAACUCAUGCGGGAUGCACACCGUGGUGAGAUGCGACACCUCAAACUCCGACGUGACUUUCUGCUGCGACGCAAAUCCAUCUGUGAUGCCGUAAAACCCGGACAACAAGCGAAAAACAAUGCAGAUCUCGAGGGACUCAUGAAGGAUUUAACACGAAUGAGGCGAGAAACUGAGAAACGAAGGGAAGCCACCGCAGAAGCUCUUUCCGAGGCAAAAAAACGGCUCGCAGAGUCAAAGGGAGUGUUGAAGCGAGUAACAGAGGAGGUGGCAGUACUGCGGCAAUUACCACUAAAUGAACCCAUUCCUGGUAAUUAUAAUCGUGAGAUGGCACCAACGUUUCUACCCGUACUUCUCCCAGAGGGAAGUGAGGAGAAUCAGGGGGACGUUGGUGAGGUAAAUAUCCCACCAGCUACAGGAGCGAAGAAUGAAAAGAAAGCGGCGGCAGUUAUUGUAGUUGAUGAUGAUGAUGAUGAUGAUGAUGAUCUUCCUCUUUUGCCAGCAGCAACGAACCAGCAAUCCAAGCAACCACCGGCCAAUACAAAGCCUACCAUUCAGUUUGAUGAUGAUGACCUGUAG